AUGAAUGAAAAUAGGUCUAGAGAUUACGAUUAUUUGUAUAAAAUAAUUUUAAUAGGUGACAGCGGAGUAGGUAAGUCAUGCAUAUUAUUACGAUUUUCGGAUGACCAUUUUACGGAAAGUUAUAUAACAACAAUAGGUGUAGACUUUCGAUUUAGAACAAUUAAAGUAGAUGAAAAAAUUGUAAAAUUACAAAUAUGGGAUACGGCUGGACAAGAAAGAUUUAGAACAAUAACAUCAGCAUAUUAUAGAGGUGCUGAUGGGAUAAUUAUAAUAUAUGAUACAACAGACAGAAAUUCCUUUUUACAUAUUAAUGAAUGGAUGAAUGAAAUAAAUAAGUACACGAAUGAAGAUACUUGUAAAUUACUAGUAGGUAAUAAAGCGGACUGUAAGGACGAAAUUGAAAUAACAACAACAGAAGGAGAAAACAAAGCAAAAGAACUGAACAUUCCAUUUGUAGAGACAUCCGCAAAGGAUGCUACUAAUGUUGAGUUAGCAUUUACUAUGAUAACACAAGAAUUAAUUAAAAAGAAAAAAAAAAAAAAUAUAAAUACGAUAAAUAACAAUCAAGCCAAGGUAAAGUUGUCCAUGGAAGACAGAACGCAAGGCCCCUAUUGCUCCUGCUAA